GAGAAAGCGCAGGCGAAACUCGACCUUGGAAUCUGGCAUACCCUCUUCAACUGGCCCAUCCUCACGGUCGCGGUAACAAGUCAGUGGGGCGGCGCCGAUAGCUCAGACAAGCGCGACUGGCUCGCCGGCCAAAUUUCCGAGCUCUUCACGAACGAGCCCGCCACGGACGCCGAAGAUGUCGAGGUGAUGCUGCUCCAGGUUCUCGAGGACGAAUUCGGCGUGCGGUUAGAGGACGAAACCGAAGUCGCCGUCGCAAAGGAUAUCAUGGCAAUACGGGACGAGGUCGGCGAGGGCAACUUUGCGACGGUGGACGGGCUGCAGAGCAGGUGGGAGGCCAGGAAAGGCAAGGAGGUCAACACCGGGAAUGUGCAGGUCAGCGAGCGCAACCAAGAGGCCGAUUGGGACAGCGUGGAUGAGGAGACGGACGAGGACGAGGACGAGGAUGGCGAUGUGGAUAUGGAUGAUGCGCCGCCGCUCGUGCUUGCGAAGCCGAAGCCUGCGCCGGAAGUGGAUGAGGAGGGUUUCACGAAAGUGGUGGGGAAGCGGAGGAAAUGAGGAUAUCGAGGUUACGUGGAUCAGUUCACGAGAGCCAACGAUGUAGGAUCAUGAAUGGCUGCAUGGGCUACAAAGGUUGAUAUCCCAGAGGCGCGCGAGCCUCGGACACUGAAACGGAUGCCAAGAACUGUGCCUGGCCCCACCCAGCAACCUCGAAGCUCACCCACAGCUCGAUAGAUGCAGAAGUAUCUGGUAGCUGCUCCACAAAUUUCGGAACAGUAGCAUCUGUUGUGCCGUCCUUGUCUACUUUGAUCUUAUACCAGUCCGUUCUUUCAAGUGAACCAA